CUGUCCAGGAGGCGGCUGCUCCGCUGGCCUGCCCCCCGAGAAACUGGAUUGGGAUUUCUAGCCUUGCUGGCCAUCCUGGGAAUGUUCAUUUUCUACGGCAGUGGUUCGUUUCUUGAUGGACUUAAGCAAGAAGAAUCGCUCCAUGACCAAGUAAUCCGCCAACUCGCCGAGCUCACAGAAGCAUACGUCAACACCAGCGAAGUCGGCCUCAUAUUAGCAACUACACAAUCGGAAGACUUGACUUGGCUUUUGGAAUAUUGCAACGAGCAUGGCGCCGAAACAACACCGUUUAUCUACACUACCGACCCCGACCCCGACCCCGAUCUCCGCCUCCUCAUCCCGCGCACAAUUCGUGGCCGCGAAGCUGCCGCCUACCUUUCCUUCAUCGUCGACUAUUACGACAAACUCCCGCCUUACUCCAUCUUUAUCCACUCCAACGUGAACCAAUGGCACAACGACCUUUUCGGCCCAUUGACGAGCACCGCGCUGCGCAAUCUCCGCCUCGACGCUGUUGACGCCAAGGGUUACGUCAACCUGCGGUGUAAACAUGACCCUGGUUGCCCGACCAGUGUCCAUCCCUGGAGCCCAUCACAGGUCGAUAUUGAAGGCAACGACAUUCGUGCGUUCUUCCCCGAGGUUUACCAGGCCAUCCUGAAUGUGGGGCCGGAGAAGGUCCCUGACCAUAUCGGCAACGUAUGCUGUGGCCAAUUUGCCGUGAGUCGCGAGCGCAUUCGCCAGCGACCACGCGCCGACUACGAGCGCAUGCUGAAAUGGGCUGCGGAGACGGACCGCACGGACAGUUUCGGCGUUGGUUGGGUAUACGAAAAGAUCUGGCACAUCAUUUUCGGCAUGGACGAUAUCUACUGCCCCGGAUACGAGCAAUGCCGCUGCGACGUUUACGGAUGGUGCGGACCACUGGCGGGAACAGGCAAAACACUGCAGGCAGUGCGCGCGCCGUCUCGCUUGUCUUCCACAUAA